AAAGCCGCUCCUCCAGAGGCUCAGUCGUCGCCGGAGGCCCACGAUGAAGAGGAAGAAGAGGACGUCGAAUUCGUUCUUGGGAACGAGUCCAGCUUUACGCCGGCUGCCGCUUGAACGUCUUCUCAGAGGUCCUGCGGCACCACUCACUAUCGCAUAUGCGAUGUUUUUCUUGCGCUCUGAGCUGCACAUUCUUGGCCAACAUCUACUAUCACCGCGAAAUCCAUCACUUCGCCAUUUUGCCCUUGCCUAUAGCACCGUGUACUCAUUCCUCACUGUCUUGUAUUUUCUCUCCACUGACUUUCUCAUCUUCCUCUCACCCACUUUACUCACGAAAAGUAUUCGCCCUGUCUCAUAGCCAUAGCCAUAUCCACUUCGAUGUUCAUAGUUCAC